GGGAGGAGUCCUGCUGAACAGGGAGUUGGCUGAUGAGGAAGCAGAACCAGAGAACUCCGAGUAAAACCCAGAGAACCCGCAGAACUCCGAGCAAAACUUUCUGAGCCGGAGAUACCGGAGCACAGAGUCCGCGCCGCCGCAGGAACACCGCCGGCCGCCGUUUGUGAACUCCUUCAGCCGCUAACAGCUAGCUGCUGCUAACCGGGAAGUAACGCUGUCAGGCGAACAGGGCUCGAGCCGCGGUUAUUUUCUUGUCAAGACUCGUACAGGAGAAGAAGAAGAAGAUGAGUGGAAGCAUGAACAGCAUCGAGGCCGUGAAGAAGAAGAUCAAGGUUCUGCAGGAUCAGGCAGAGAAGGCUGAGGAGCGAGCAGAGAAGCUGCAGAUGGAGGUGGAGAACGAGAAGAAGACCCGAGAGGAGGCGGAGUCUGAGGUCACGGCUCUGGGUCGACACCUGCAGCUCAGUGAGGAGAAGCUGGACCGAGUUCAAGAGAGACUCGCUGCAGCGCUGCACAAACUGGACGAGGUGGAGAAGGCUGCCGAUGAGAGCGAGAGAGGGAUGAAGGUGAUUGAGAACAGAGCUCUGAAGGAUGAAGAGAAGAUGGAGCUGCUGGAGGUUCAGCUGAGGGAGGCCAAACAGAUCGCUGAGGAGGCCGACCGCAAGUAUGAGGAGGUGGCUCGUAAACUAGUGGUUGUGGAAGGAGAGCUGGAACGAGCUGAAGACAAAGCUGAGCAUGCCGAGAGUAAGGUUCGGAGACUGGAGGAGCAGCUGAGGAGCUUCGACCACUCACUGAAGAGCCUGCAGGCGUCUGAGGACAAGUACUGUCAGAAGGAGGACAGGUACGAGGAGGAGAUCAGGAGCCUGAGCAGCAAACUGAAGGAGGCUGAGAACAGAGCUGAGUUUGCUGAACGUACUGUGGCAAAACUGGAGAAAAGCAUCGACGAUCUGGAAGACUCUCUGACUUCAGCCAGAAAUGCCAACAUGGAGCUUCAGGCGACGCUGAAUCAGACGAUGGAGGAGCUGAACUCCUGCUGAACACCCCCUCCCCCCCCCAAACCUCAUCUGUGGCCAAAACCUCCUCCUCACCUUCCUCCCCCUUCCCAGGUGGAGGUGAGGAGGUCAGACAUUCCCCCUGUAUGAUGCCUGAUUCGCACAUUCCUUCUCUGAACUUUUGAGUCAUGUUUGGAGUUUUGCUUUAUCUUCCUGUCCUCCUCCCCCUUACCUACUCCUCAUCCCCCCCUUACCUACUCCUCCCCUUACCUACUCCUCCUCCUCCCCUUACCUACUCCUCCUCCUCCUCCCCCCUUACCUACUCCUCCUCCUACUCCUCCCCCCCACCUACUCCUCCUCCUACUCCUCCUCCUACUCCUCCUUACCUACUCCUCCUCCUCCUUACCCCCCCUUACCUACACCUCCCCCCCUUACCUACUCUUCCUCCUACUCCUCCCCCCCACCUACUCCUACUCCUCCUCCUUACCUACUCCUCCUCCUCCUUACCCCCCUUACCUACUCCUCCUCCCCACCUACUCCUCCUCCUACUCCUUACCUACUCCUCCUCCUCACCCCUCCUUACAUACUCCCCCCCUUUACCUACUCCUCCUCCCCCCCUUACCUACUCCUCCUCCCCCCCUUACCUACUCCUCCUCCUCCUCCCCCCCUUAUCUACUCCUCCUCCUACUCCUCCCCCCCACCUACUCCUCCUCCUACUCCUCCUCCUACUCCUCCUUACCUACUCCUCCUCCUCCUUAUCCCCCCUUACCUACACCUCCCCCCCUUACCUACUCCUCCUCCUACUCCUCCCCCCCACCUACUCCUCCUCCUACUCCUCCUCCUUACCUACUCCUCCUCCUCCUUACCCCCCCUUACCUACUCCUCCCCCCACCUACUCCUCCUCCUACUCCUCCUCCUUACCUACUCCUCCUCCUCACCCCUCCUUACAUACUCCCCCCCCCCCCUUUACCUACUCAUCCUCCCCCCCUAACCUACUCCUCCUACUCCUCCUCCUCCUCCUCACCCCCCCUUACCUACUCCUCCUCCCCCCCAGUAUUAGUGGGAGGGUCCGGGGUCCACAUGAGGAGCAGCUGGUGUGUUUUUGUCUAAAGGGAGUUUAAUAGACUUACAGCCCCCCUUGUUAAGAACUAAUUAACUAAUUAAGUGUCUGUCUUAACGGUUUCUUGUUGCUUUCAUUAGUUUUUGUUGCCAAUAAUUGAUUGAUUAGAGCCAAUAUAUCCUGAUAGCCAAUGAUUUGUUGUUUUAGUUUCUGGGGGGCAUGGCUUAAGAAAUGAUGAGCCAAUCACAGUGAGGCAUUCCACUGCCAAACAUGAACCAGGGGCCAAUCAGACGUCAGAGACAUGCUCCCCCAUUUUCCUGCCUUUGACCUUUGACCUGAUGACAUAAAGUUGUUACCUGAUGAUGAUGUCAUCGCUGUGCUGAUGUCACAGCUCAUUGUAAUAAACCAUGACAAGAUUUUAUAAAAUAAAAGCACUAGUAUAUAGACCCAAA